AUGGACACUCAAGUUUCCAAGAAAAGUGACACUCGCGAUGAUGCCAUCGAAGACGAGGGUCUGGGCGAAAGCAGUUCUUUCUCCUCCAAGAUUUGCUUCACUCGGUACAAUGCGCCAUUCUGGCAGAUCGUGAUCGUCAGUGUGGUUGCCUUUGGUUGUCCUGGAAUGUACAAUGCGCUCUCUGGAAUUGGAGGUGGUGGUCAGCUAGACACCACUACGACAGCCAAGGGCCACAUUGCCCUGGCCUCUGUCAGCGCCUUUGGAAACAUCUUUAUCGCUCCUAUUGUGACCAAUAUUCUGGGCCCAAAAUGGACAAUCUUCAUUGGAGGACUUCCCUACGUGCUCUACGCUGGGUCCUUGCUGGCAUAUAAUCACAUUGCAAGCCAGGCUUUUGUCAUCGCGGCCAGCGGUAUCCUGGGAAUGGGAGCCUCGCUGCUUUGGAUUGCACAGGGCUCUAUAAUGACUGGAUACCCCUUGCCACAGCAACAGGGAAGAAUGAUCGGAGUCUUCUGGAUUAUCUUCAACUUGGGUGGAUUCCUCGGCUCCAUGAUCUCUUUCGGGUUGAACUUCAACUCUAAGAGCGGCACAGUCUCUGAUUCCACUUACAUUGCAUUUAUCUGCAUUAUGGCCUUUGGCUGUCUAUCUUCACUCGCUUUACUGAAGCCUUACAAUGUUAUUCGCGAAGAUAACUCUCGUGCUUCCGUUGCGAAGAAGCCCAGCGUCCGGGAUGAAUUCAUUGGCUUGCUGAAAGUCCUCCGCGACUGGAGAGUGGUUUCCCUCGUACCAUUCUGGAUGGCUGCCAAUUACGCUUAUAACUACCAGCAAAACACCUAUAACGCAAAGCUAUUCACCCUUCGCACCCGCAGUUUCAACGGUGCGAUGUACUGGCUAGCCCAAAUGGUUUCCAGCUAUCUAUUCGGCCUGUUUCUUGACAAUCCAUACAUGAACCGCCGUCAGCGCGGCAUGUGGGGAUUUGGAAUCAAUGCCGUUAUCUCCAUGGUGGUGUGGGGUGGUGGCUUGGCCGCUCAGCUCAAGCGAGCCCCCAACAGCGAUUACUACGCGCUCAACGAGAUGGAUUUGAUUACUUCCGGAGGCAAAUACGCCGGUCCGUUUUUGCUGUACUUCUUCUACGGCAGCUUUGAUGCUAUCUGGCAGACACUUGUUUACUGGACGAUCGGUUAUCUAUCUCACGAAUCCCCGGAGCAGGCGGCGCGCUAUGUGGGGGCGUUUAAGUGUGCGGAGGCAGUGGGCAGUGCGAUUGCGUCCAAGGUCAAUUCUCAAAAGACGAACUACAAUAUCGAGUUCGCUGUUGAUUGGGCGUUUAUCGCACUAGCCCUGGUCUGGUCGAUUCCGUUCGUUUUGUCGAUUAAAGAUGCUCCCCCGCACGAGGGGCAGGAAACAGUCUAUGUCGAGGGCGAUAAGGGGGAUAUGGUCAGGAACGAAUAG